ACCGUUCUUAUGAGAUCAGUCAGGAAUCUGUCUGUCACUCCUCUUCUCUUCAUAGAGCGGCAACGCACUGGCAGCUAUCGCGCGCAUCCGUGCCGGGAAAGACUGCGUUGAUACGAGCUUUCGCUCUUUAUAUUUAUCGCAUUUAGAGACGUGUGCAUUUUAUCUAGUAAUUCUCGUUGUUGUCAUUUAAGUAUAUUUGUCGCGUUAAAUAAUAAAAAAAAAAUUGCUAAAGUGCAAACCACACCUGUUUAUAUCGGUCUUCAAGGUGUGCUUUUAUUUGUGAUGCUCAUAUUCUGAUAGUUUAAUGCGCUAUUUGGUCAACUGGUGUAUAGUGUUUAUAUGUAUAUUAAUAGUCCUAUGAAAGUUGGGGUUAAUUGGAGGCUCACCUCAUAACUUUCUCAUAUAGGCGGGUAGUUUAAGAAUAAUUAAAAUUUUAAUGUCAGUAGCAGAAUAGGAAAAACUCAGGUUUUUUAGUCAUUCAGGUGUAACUUGACCUUUUAAUAAAUUGGUUUUAAUUUAAAGACAACUUUUACAUUUGCGACGUAAAGACACUCAUUAGACAUGGUGAUUAACAUUGUCGUGGAGUUUUUCUUGGUCAUGUUGAAAGUUUUCUGGGCCAUCGUGAUGGCCGGACUCAAGUGGCUCAUACGGCCGAAAGAGAAGAGCGUAGUGGGACAGGUGUGCGUGAUCACCGGGGCGGGCGGCGGACUCGGGCGGCUCUUUGCGAAGGAGUUCGCCCGGCGCCGGGCUACACUGGUGCUGUGGGACAUCAACAGCCAGAGCAACGAGGAGACAGCGGAGAUGGUGCGACAGAUCUACAGAGAGGAAGACACACCGAUGUCAAAAGAGGGAACUGUUAGCGGAGUGGAAGAGGUCCCUCCUUUUCAGCCACAGGUGUACACAUAUGUGCUUGAUGUAGGCAAGAGGGAGAGUGUGUACUCCACAGCGGAGAAAGUGCGAAGGGAAGUCGGUGAAGUGAACUUGUUGAUCAACAAUGCUGGUGUUGUGUCCGGCCACCAUCUGCUUGAGUGCCCUGAUGAGCUGAUCGAGCGAACGAUGGUGGUGAACUGCCAUGCACACUUCUGGACCACCAAGGCAUUUCUUCCCAAGAUGCUAGAGAUGAACCAUGGCCACAUUGUGACAGUUGCCAGUUCGCUGGGCUUAUUCAGCACAGCUGGUGUGGAGGAUUACUGCGCUAGCAAGUUCGGUGCCAUUGGCUUCCACGAGUCGCUUAGUCACGAAAUAAAGGCUUCGGAGAAGGAUGGUAUCCAGAUGACACUGGUGUGUCCUUACCUGGUGGACACGGGCAUGUUCAGAGGUUGUAGAAUAAGGAAAGAGAUCGAGCCCUUUCUACCUCCAUUGAAGCCAGAGUUCUGUGUGAAACAGGCUAUGAGGGCCAUCCUGACGGACCAGCCCAUGAUCUGCACACCUCGCAUUGUAUACAUGGUCAACUUUAUGAAAAGCAUUUUGCCCUUCGAAGCGAUUGUGUGCAUGUACCGGUUCCUGGGGGCAGAUAAGUGCAUGUACCCCUUCCUGGCUCAGAGGAAGGAGGCAAUGAACAACAACGAGGCCAAGGAUGGGAUCUAGAGGGUGCUGUUUCCAAUUUCCACAUGGGGCAUAUUUCUAACCCACAAGAGGAUAAGACCACUGAGAGGGAAGACGGAAGAGAAAAAGACUGAGUUUAGACUGGUGCACUUGCAUUCGGCAGAUGCAAAGGUUUACCAUAUUGUUCCUCUGGAACAAAGAAAGCUGUGUACUACACUAAGAUUUUUUAUUUUUUUUAAUGGUUUGUUUAAAGAAACCAUCCAUCUAUAUACUGUAUCAAUAGUUUUUAAAUCAUACAUGAGAUAUUCAGUAAUUAACUAUUUACGUAAUGUAGUCACCAGCAUUAUCUAGUGUCUUUGUGAAACUAUACAGUAUGUUACUGUACGAACAGUAAAAUCUUGUCACUUUUUUGUUUUGUGUGUAGACAUGCACUGUAUUUACUUUACACUGCCAAUAUUAUCAAAACCGUUCAAUGUGGUGCUGCGCCAAUCCAAUCUCCAAUCCAGUUGAAGGCAGCAAUAGCAGAUUAUAUAUCUGAAAGGACCCAUUGAUAAACCAUUAUAUGAUGUUAAUUUGAAGUCUAGCCAUUCAAAAAGCUUCAAAAUAUGCCAAAUUCAGCUGACACAAACAGUUGUUCACAUUGUUUUUCUCUUUGUUUACUGAGUGUAAAACACUUUUUUUUUUGGUGGGGCAUUUUGAAAAAGGAAAACCAAACCAUCUAAAUCAACCUUGUCCUGUUCAGCAAUAUCUACAGACAGAUUUGUGGUAUUCGUGUAUAUGAAAGCACAAAAGACUGUGAAUCUUUGUCUGUAUGGAUUUCUUGAGUACUAUGGUUAAUAAUAUUUGACUAAACACUACAUUUAGUUAAAGUUAUCCAUUUUGAUUUAUUCAUUAACAACAACUUUUAGUUGUAAAACUGACAAAUUACCCACAUUUCUUUCUUAAUUUGUUUUUUGAAGGGAAUUCAUCAUGCAACAUCUGAAAAUGGUUUAGAAAUGGGAACAACUCAUGUAAAUCACUAGUGAAACAUCCAUCACAAUUGGAAAAUUAUGUAUUUUUGAUAGUGUCAGAUGUGCUCUCAAUGUACUCUCUCUUUGUCCUGUUAAAAUGUUUAUCCAUUUUGUUGUUUGCAAACCUGGACCAUUGAAAUAGCUUUUCACAGAAAGAUAUUUGGAUAUUUUGAAUGUUUAGGGGGGGGGAAGGACAAAACACAAGUUUAAAGUACAUUCCAAUUCACUCCCUGACUGUGAUGAGCCUAAGAUCUCUACCUCUUCAUGUUUGCCAUUUGUUAACAGUAUGACAUAAAUACUCUUUUUGUAACUUUCCUGAAGAUUGCUCUAUAGAGGAACAAUGUUGUUCCAAUAUCUAGUGUCUCUACCUAACUUAAAUUAAUAAAAUUAU